AUGAACGAAAAUACAAGUUGGAGAGGGGCUCCUCAUCAUCAAGAAUCGUGGAGAAAUGACGAUAUUCCACUUCCGCCCACUGGUUUGCUACUACUAUUAUUUUUAGUUGUAAACAUGUUUUUGUUCAGAUCGACAAUCGCUUCCAUCGCUCAUGGAUCCGCCAGAUGUUGUAGAAAAUCGGAAAACAAUCGACGAGCUGCGACAAAAAAUCACAGACAGUGAACACAAUUUGCAAGCUCACAGAAAUGGCAUGGACGCAAUGCUGGCUGUAUGCACAUAUUUUGACCGAUUAUCUUUAACAAAAAAUUAAUUAAGAUACAUCUAAAAAGUGCCAUUCGUACUGCAGAAACGGCGAAAAUCGAAAAGUUGAUAGCAGAUCACAAUUUGAAUAUGGAAGAGUUCAACCAGUUUUUGGAGUCUAUGACCACUUCAAAAUGUUCAAAAGACAUGAUUUCAGUAUGUUAUUGAUCUAAUUCUUUUAAAUUUAAGUCAGUAUCCACACAUUUUUUACGAUUCUCCUUUCAAGUUAGCAUUAAAAACAAGCAAUUUUUCAGCACGCUAAACGAUGGAUUUUCGAUAAUUGUGUCAAUGAUCAGCUCAGAGAGAUAAUAUUGACCUAUCUGCUGAAUAAAGUGAAAGAUGAGGCAGUAGGAGAAUAUUUACGUCUACACAUUUUAUAUUUGAUCAACGAUUGGGCUUUUCAUUGGUAAGAGUGUGGAUUUUUUUUUCAUUCAUUUCUUAAGUUUAAUUUCAGUCAACGCAAAAAAGAAGAGAAUCAAAUGAAGAUGUUGGCUCGUUACGUUCCGAAAAUGUACGCCUACUGCAUAGAAUUAUCGUCAUCCAAUGAGCUCAGCGAUAAAUUGGAGGGAAAAUUGUUGGGCGAGUGGGAGGGACGCGGCUAUUUUGCCGACUCGGUGUUCAAACAGCUCAGAAAUACGGUGCAAAUUGUCAGUAACGAUCGGGAAAUUGAGAAAUCGUCGUACGGAAUCGUAAGAGAACAGUUGAGGAGCAACCUCGUCGCCACUUUUGAGGCUUACGAGCAGCAGCAUUUAACCUAUUCCAAACAUAUUCGUAAUCAAAUUGACGAGUUGGAACGGAGGAAUGAGGGUGAGCACAAAAACUGAUUUUUUCAUUUCAUCUGUCUAGAUGUGUUCGAGAAUAUAUCAGAGAAAAAAUAUAUGAUCCAUGUAUGAGGUUCUUGCAGAGCUCCGUCACGGUUCCUCCCAUCACUUGCUUCAUCCUCCUCAACGUGGCCCUCCUUCUAUGUCUUCUCAAAACCUUCGCAGAUCUCGAUUCGAUCAGGCUCCCCAAAGAUCUCCUCCUACCCAUUCUUCACAUUCCUCUUUUAACGAACAAAAACAAGCUUGGCGAUCAGUUGACGGUGGACAUUCACAAGCGCAUUCUGCUCCCAAUAUAGUUGAAGAUGACAUUGACGGAACGCCGUUCGACGAGAACGUCCUCAAGCCCAAAAAGUCGUAUUUGGCACUACCCGCUGGGAUUAUGGUCCCGCUGGUGUCUAUGGAUUCUUUUAAGGUACUAGGUGAAUUUGGAAAACAAAGAAUUUGAAAGUAGUCUGAGAAACAUUGAACAAUCAGAAAUUCUGUCAAAAAACUGAGUAUUCGCUUUGAGACUUUCAAAAAAUCCUUAAUUUUUCAGUAUGAACCUCUGAAUCCAGAUGAUCUAGAAAUGCCACCAAUUGUGCCGCCAUCGCAACGUCUUUUAAACGCCGAGGCAUUUUUUUAUAAAGGAAUCGAGUACGAUAUGCUUCCGGUCGAGUCUGUGUAAGUUAAAAAGACUAAUUAGAAGAGCUCAAAUGCAGACAUUUAAAAAAAGUUAAUCCUGUUUGAACCAAACACAUUUCCAAGUCGGACAGAUUUUCAAAGUUAUUGCAGGCCGCCCGACUGUGAAUAUUACAAAUUACCGGAGUGGCUAGACACGAAAAGUCAGGCUAAACGUGAUUAUCUGAAUAGAAAACGCGCUUCACUCGACGAUUUGAUAAUCAAUAAACCUGGCACCUCCGAACGAGAACGUCUGGAAAAGGAAACAAAGUGGAAGGAAAAUGAGCAAAUCGCGGCGUAUCGAGACUCCGUGGACGCUUAUUAUGUCAGCCAAGGGACUAUCGAAGUUUCGGAGUCGCCUUCCCGAAGACGUUCGCCUUCGAAGAGUCCACCAAGAGAAAGAAGAGAUUAUCACCGCAAGUCGUUGUCCAGAAGCCCGAAACGGAACAGUCGGAGUCCCAGAAGCAGAAGAAGGAGAACGCCAUCCUCAUCGUCCUCGUCAAGUUCUCAAGAGACUGGUGA